GUCAUUCAUCACCACACACUCACACAUACGAGUCGUUUGCAAGCUAACCCUGUUUACAUUCUAUACGCAGUGACUUCACGGCGACUAACCGUGUCUGUGAUUUAUUUAUUAUAAUUAUUAUUUAUACGAAUAGAAUAGUUUAGUUAGUUCAAACAUGGCCAACAAUCGUGCUACCAAAUCCGGAUUUGCCGCUGAAGCUCAGAGAAAGAUCAACAGUAAAUACAGCGAGGAAUUGGCUCAAGAAUGCUUAGAAUGGGUACGGCAGAUCACCGGCGAGCCACAGAACGUGUCUGGUGAUAUGGAUAACUUCUAUGAGGUGUUGAAAGACGGCACACUUCUUUGCAAGUUGGUAAACAAUAUUCAGCCAGCUAUGGUAAAGAAAGUAAAUGAAUCAAAGAUGGCGUUCAAAUGCAUGGAGAAUAUAAACGCGUUCCUCGAAGCAGCCAAAAAUCUGGGUGUGCCAGCGCAGGAGACCUUCCAAACUGUCGACUUAUGGGAAAGACAGAACCUCAACUCUGUCGUCAUCUGCCUACAGUCACUUGGCAGGAAGGCCGGCAACUACGGUAAGCCGUCAAUAGGACCCAAAGAAGCAGAGAAAAACGUGAGGAACUUCACUGAGGAACAGCUUCGUGCAGGCCAAGGCGUCAUCUCACUCCAAUAUGGAUCAAACAAGGGAGCCAAUCAGAGCGGCAUCAAUUUCGGGAAUACGCGACACAUGUAAAUUGUACUCUAACAGUGUUAUAACAAAGUCGUUUUCAAAUCAAUUUUGAGCAAAACUAUGGUUAUAUUUUAUUUUCCUUAAAUUGGUGUCAUCGAUAAACUUCUAUUCUUUUCGAAGUAGUUUUAAGUAACUUUUCAGUGACGUUAUUAUCCUUUAUAAGUAAUUUCAGUUAUAUAAAAUGUCAUUUCCAUUAAACUAAAAUUAUAGAUUUGCUUAAAAUUUAAUAUUUUAAAAUAUAAGAUCGUUACAAUUCGAUAUUCUCAUAUUAAUGAUUAAUCUCUUAAAUGUUUAAUAGAUUCAGUAUGUACUUAGAAUUCCACUUAAUUAGAUAAAUUAGAAGAGUUAAUUGUUCUGGACCAUUCUGAUAAAUGUGGACUGCGAAUCUCUCGAGUGUCAAAUUGUUUCUUUUUAUAUAAAAACAAAAAUAUAUCUUUUCAGUCAUUAUUUCGUAAUAAUUUAGCAUUUAGUUUUUUUUUUUUUGACAAUUUUGUUUUUUAAACGAUGAGCAUUCCGGAUUUAUUCCGCAUUUAGAAUAUAUAUAUUUGUGCUGUCUUAAUGUAUGCUUUAUUUAUAGUUAAUAAGUGAGUAUUACAGCACUACGUAAAAGACAUGACUUUUAAAAUUUUAAAAUAUAUUUAUUCUUGUUAUGUGCCAAUAUCUAAAACCAACAUUUCAAUUUUUUACUAAACAGUACAAUUUCCCUUAUCAUUAUUUUUAUAAGUUAUUUUGUGUAUAAAUAAAGUAUAAAUAUAUUAAAUAUGAUACACUAGUGCCUUGAACUUCAGAGGGGCUUUGAAACUUAUUUUAAACAAAAGAAAAAAUUGGCUUCCUUCACUUAGCUAUUUAUUAUUGUAUUUUUAUAAUAUUGAAAUUAAUCAUUCCAGAGUUUGUAGUAUUUUAGUACACACUGUGAUUAAUGAUUUUACUAUAUACUUUAUAAUAACUAUAUUUUCGUAUGUAUAAUUAAUUAUGUACGGACGUACUCGACGCGUUAUUUAAAUAAGUAAGUUUCAUGAAGUACUUUUCACUUUAUGGAAGUACGUAGAAUAAAUAAGUGAU